UGGUAAGACUCACCGAGGAUUAACUCUGUCUGUUUUAUUGUCAUUUUCAUUGUUCAGUAUCUCAGCUUCGAAUCGGUUGCUAUCGCUCUAGGGUUUUCUUGUCAUCUUUCUUGGUUUUCUCGGCAACCAAAACCGGGAUCAGGUGCUUUGGUUUUGGAUGAUUUUUUUAAAUAGCUAAAUGCUGGGUAAUUUUAUGGCUAGUGGGAAUUUAUGGGGUGAGUGAUGCGGGGUCGAGAAAACCCUAAAUGAUAUGAGGUUUUGAAUAUGAGCCAUGGAGGUGGAAAUGGUACGAAAGGUAAUGAACAACUAGAGUACAAUAAAACAAGUAGACCCGGAGCCAAUGACUUUGGGCGAGCGGUGUCAAAGGUUGCAGUUGCACAGGUAUGCGAGAGCGUGGGGUUUCAGGGCUUCAAAGACUCUGCUUUGGAGGCUCUCGCUGACAUUGCAAUUCGAUACCUACGUGACCUAGGAAAGACGGCGAGUGUCUAUGCUAACUCAUCUGGUCGGACAGAGUGUAAUGUGUUUGAUAUCAUUAGAGGGUUGGAGGAUUUGGAAGCUUCACAAGGCUUUCUGGGUGGAUCGGAGGUACAAAAUUGUCUUGCUGGUUCGGGAACAGUGAAAGGGAUUGUUGAGUAUGUAGGUGGGGCAGAGGAGAUUCCAUUUGCUCAGCCAGUGCCUCAGUUUCCGGUGAUUAAGCAUCGGAAACUGAUUCCAAGCUUUGUACAAAUGGGUGAAACGCCACCUGGCAAGCACAUACCGCCAUGGUUGCCAGCUUUGCCUGAUCCCCAUACGUAUAUACAUACACCUUUAUGGAAUGAGAGGGCAACAGAUCCUCGCACAGAUAAGAUUGAGCAAGCACGACAACGUAGAAAGGCGGAGAGGUCCUUGUUGAGUUUGCAGCAAAGGUUGUUGUCCAGUGGUUCGGCGGGAACUUCAACCUCACGUAGUGAUGCAAAGGAAUCGGAUGGGGCUCAAAAUAACCCUUUCCUUGGACUGCCUCUACAACCAGGGGAGAAAGAUGUUUCUCUGGUGGUUUCACCGAGUAAGACUUCGGAUGAAAUGGUGGGGAAUAUCCAUGUCUCCGUACUAGAGGCAUUUGCUCCUGCUAUUGAAGCGGUCAAAGGUGGGUUUUCUUAUGAUGGGGAAGAUGGGAAAAAUGUUCUUCCUGAUGUGAGGCCUGCUGUUCAGUUAAAGUUUAGGACUGGCAAGAAGUUUCUAGGUGAAUCAUUGGAUUUGAGCCUUCAGAACAAGGGUGUUGGGAGAGCAGCCUCUUGGGUUGCCCGGGAUGAGGAGAGGGAUGACAAGAAGAGGAGAGCUGAAUUUAUUCUUAGACAGUCUACAGAAUACCCGCUGGAACUCAAUCAGUUGUAAACUAGUUAGUUUAGAAAUCGGCAUUGGCAGUGGGCUAUGGAUGCUCCAAAAUUGAGGGCAUACUCGUUCUGCUAUGGAUAUUUUCAGAAUCUUGUGUGAGUUCCUCAUGGUCCACUUUAACAUUUUUUAGAGGCAUGUCAAUGUAUGUUUCCUUGUUAGCCUAACAUCUGCUUUGAUUUUUUGAAACCGAAGUCUUUUCUUUUU